UUCUCUUACUCCUUAGUCCUUACUCUGUCUUUCUUCCUCAGACACACACAUCAAAACCCUAAUUUCUCUGCUCGAUAUCUCUCUUUUUUCCUCCUCUCUCAAUCCUCCGGAAAUGCACCAACUCACGUUUCGAGGAUCGUGAAACUCGAGGUGUUGAUUCUAAUAGUCGAAGAAAGAAAAGAAGUGAGAAAACAAAUGCUGGAAGCUGCAGAUAACUCAAACGUCCUCAAUGGAGGAUUCUCUCAGCUACAGAGUUACUUCGGAGAUUGCAAUAGCGAGGAGGAAUUAACGGUGCUGCCACGUCAUACCAAAGUGGUCGUUACCGGGAACAACCGUACCAAAUCUGUCCUCGUCGGUCUUCAAGGCGUCGUUAAGAAAGCCGUCGGACUCGGUGGUUGGCAUUGGCUGGUUUUGACAAAUGGAAUAGAAGUGAAGUUGCAGAGGAAUGCGCUUAGUGUCAUUGAAGCUCCUACAGGGAACGAAGAAGACGAUGAUAUUGAAGUCGAGCAUCCGCAGUGGAAUCCCUCAGAUAUAACAAUGGAGGACACGUUGCAGCCACAUAAGUCGAAGCAAAGAGGACACAGAUCAGCGCGGUUAUCUCAGAAGACAAUGUGUAGGGCCUUAUCUUGUGACUCACACUUAAAAAGCUCGAGUUUGGCUCCUCGUAGAAACCUGAAGGUUGAUCUUAGCAAACUGGAUAUGCCUGCAUUACUUAGAUAUCGGCGACAUUUUAACCUCGUGGAUACUCUUCCAAAUCCAUCAAAGGAGCAGCUACUUGACAUUGUUCAGAGACACUUCAUGUCUCAGGAAAUGGAUGAGCUUCAGGUUAUUGUGGGAUUCGUUCAAGCUGCAAAAGGAAUGAAGAAAGCUUGCAAGUGGAAAUCAAAAGAAUCCAGAAACACUGAUCUUAACCGCAACAGCUAAAUCUCCAUUAACAGACUAACAAACUGUCCUCUUUUGAACCUUAUGGCAUCUGCGCGCGGGUCUCAUGUCUUUUAACCAUUCCAUGGCUUAAAAAGUUGAGUAUAGACACUAGUUUAAGCUUUGUCUCUUUUGGGUUAACACUUAACAGUAGAUGUUAUCAUUGCUCUCUUAUGUAAGUACAUCAAGAACCAAUGAACCUUCUAAUCUCUAAUUAAGCAUCCAUCUUUACUUA